AUGUUACCAAAUCUAGUUAGCUUCAACCUCCUCCUCCACAUCACUACCAUCACUCUCAUCCAACUUCUUCCAGCCAUCCGAAUCGACCGACUCUCUUCUCUCUCCCUCCUCUUCCAGUUCCCCUUCUUCAUCAAUCUUCAAUCCCGCAAAGUAUCUCUCCACGGCGUUUGCCUCCUUCUCCUCCUCCAUCCGGUACUUCUCCAAGUCAUCAUCCUGCUUGUCGAUAAUCACCUGCAACUCUUGCAUCGCCUCCGCAUGCUCCGCCUCCAUUCGUUGAAUGCUCUCGUUUAG